AUGGAGAAUGUGUCAUUAUUACGGCAGAGAGGUGCGACCGUGAAAAAGGAAGAGAAACUUCUUUCUUCAAUAAAGAUAAACAACAACAAUAAUAACAUCAAUAACAACAACAAUAAUAACAUCAAUAACAACAACAAUAAUAACGACAUCAAUCAACACGGAUAUUUAGAAGAUCCAUGCAUCGUGAAUCAACACGGAUAUUUAGAAGAUCCAUGCAUCGUGAAUCAACACGGAUAUUUAGAAGAUCCAUGCAUCGUGAAUCAACACGGAUAUUUAGAAGAUCCAUGCAUCGUGAAUCAACACGGAUAUUUAGAAGAUCCAUGCAUCGUGAAUCAACACGGAUAUUUAGAAGAUCCGUGUGUUGUGGAUCGACACAGAUAUUGA